AUGGCGAGGCUGCGGAAGAGGAAGAGGGGGAGGGGGAGGGGCGUGAGAUGGCUGAGCCACUACUCAUCGGGGCAAAGCAUUCUGAUCGUCGGGGACGGGGAUUUCUCGUUCUCGCUGGCUCUCGCCGCCGCGUUCGGGACCGGCCGGAACAUCGUCGCGACGUCGCUGGACUCCUAUGAGGCUCUGUCUCGCAAGUAUAGCAAAGCACAAUCAAAUGUAAUGGAGCUGAAGAAAAGGCGCACCACGGUUUUGCAUGGUGUUGAUGCGGAGACGAUGAAGGGUCAUACUAAUCUGAAGAUGAGACUAUUUGAUCGGAUUGUCUUUAAUUUUCCUCAUGCUGGAUUCCAUGGAAAAGAGUGUGAGAUGCAUGUUGUCAGGUUGCAUAGGGAGCUUGUGAAGGGGUUUUUUGGCAAUGCACGAGAGCUGCUUCAGCCGGAUGGUGAAAUCCACAUUAGCCACAAGACAGGAUAUCCUUACGACGGGUGGAGUAUCGAGCAACUUGCCUCUGAAUCUUCUCUGGCUAUGAUUGACAUAGUUAGUUUCCAGAAACAAGACUACCCCGGCUAUAGGCCAAAGAGAGGAAAUGGUUCAAAGUCCAACAAUACUUUCCCUCUUGGUGACUGCAACACAUACAAGUUCGUCGCGAAACAUAAUGUUGCUCAGGAAGAACAUGCAUGCUACUGCGAUAUGUGCCAAGAUAAAUAUGUCUCGCGGUACUUCGACUAUGCAAGCAGUCUUGGCACGUUCGGAGUUGGGAACGGGGGGCACCUUGCAUAUUGAUGAAAUGUAGUGAACUGGUCGUAGUACUAACGGUGUGUUAACAAACUACUCCCUCCGUCCCAUAAUAUAAGACGUUUAUGGGACGGAGGGAGUAGUUCUGAAACCUGGAAUGUUUUUGGUGAACUUGAUGUGGGACGUCUUUUCAUGUGGUGCGUGUUGAUGAGAUGCCAUCCACCACUGUGUAACUGAGUAGAUGUGUUACUGGUCAAAGUAUGAACAAGA